AUGACCUCCGAAGGACCAAUUGACACCAACAUGCCCGAUGCUACGGAUGCCAUCAGUGAUCAUGGCUCCGUAACCACUACCAGUGGCAAGCGCAAGGCCGAGGAAGAGCUCGAGAGGACACCAAAGAAAAAUUCCCCUCCAGGCAACGAACAAGAAGAGCCCAAGCCAGCCAAUGCUACCGCUGAAAGCACCAAUGCUGAAACGACGGACCCAGCAGACAAGCCACUCUCCAAGAGCCAGCUCAAGCGCCUAAGGAAACAGCAAUACUGGGAACAACAGAAGGAAGCGCGGAAGGCGAAACGGAAGGAGAAGAGACAUGAGCGACAGGCCCGAAAGCGCGCCGAGCGCGAAGCGAAGAUCGCUGAGGCCAAGGCGGCCGGCAUCGAUCCCGCGACUGUCCUUCAGCCAAAGGAGCCCUGGAAGUACCGCCCCGUUCCCGUGGCGUUCAUCAUUGACUGCGAUUUCGAGCAAUACAUGCGCGAGCAGGAGCUUGUCUCGCUCUCGAGCCAGAUUGUGCGCUCUUAUGCGAUGAAUCGCAAGGCGAAGUACCAAGCCAGCCUACACAUCAGUUCGUGGAAGGGAAAACUGAAGGAGCGGUUCGAGACGGUACUUCGGAACACUCACAAGAACUGGAAGAAUGUCGGUAUUCAUGAAGGAGACUUUAUCGAGGCGGCAAAGAAAGCAAGAGAGGAGAUGAUGAGCCCAAAGGGCGGCGAAAUGAUUGACUUGAUCAAGCCUGUCGAGGGCAGUCCGAGUCUGAAAGGGAAUCCUGCGCCAGAAGAUGAUGAAUCCAGCAAAGAUAUCGAUCAGACUAUUGUUUAUCUGACCUCCGAAUCGCCUUACACGUUGGAGAGACUGGAGGCAAACACCAGCUAUGUCAUUGGUGGUCUGGUUGACAGGAACAGGGAAAAGGGAUUGUGCUACAAACGUGCGAAGCAGUACAAGGUUCGCACGGCAAAGCUCCCUAUUGGGGAAUACAUGGCGAUGCAGAGCCGCUAUGUUCUCACAACAAACCAGGUCGUUGAGAUUAUGGCUAAAUGGCUGGAAUGCGGCGAUUGGGGCGAGGCCUUUUUGGCGGUCAUCCCAAAGAGGAAGGGUGGAACGCUGAAAAACAACUCUGGUGCCGACUCAUCUGUGACGAAGGAUGAUGACAAUACCGGAUCUGAAGGGGAAGAGAGCGAUGAAGAUGACCACGAAGCAGGGGAUCUUGGAGAAAUACAGUCACCGACUAACGAGCAUGAUACAAGUCCUGCUGCCAAUGAAGCCCAGCAGGACCAGCAAACACCUCAAUGA